UCAGUUUGUUUUGAUGAUGAUUAUUCAUUCGGCAGUUUAUGAUUGAUAAAAAUAGAUUAAGACGUUUAAAAAAGAAGCAAGAAAGAGAAAAGGAUGAAAUUGUCAAAACAUUCAUUCAUCUCAAAUUUUGAUUUUGAAUUUGAUUGAACUGGCGGUUCUGUCGAGGAAAAAUAAUAAACCCACCUAAAUCAAAAUGAGUGAGAGCCCAACGGUCGAAUGGGUAGUUCCCUAUAAAUCUAGUUAGUCACAGUGCCAGUCCCCUUACGCCAAUUGCAAACAAAUUUGUCCUUGAUUCUCGACAAAAAUGGUGGUAGACAAGCAGGAGUGGUCGUACGAGGAAUGCCGUCGGAAACGAGUCGAAGAAAACAAGAAAAGAAUGGAAGCGCUCAAUCUACCCCAGCUCUCUCAAGCUCUUCGUACCCCAUCUUUCAAACCAUCUCCGAAAAAACAGGUGAAGCCGCGGACAGUCGAAAAACAAUUGGUUGUGGUUAGGAGAUCGGGUCGUGUCGCUAACAAAUCCGCACCUGUUUACAAGGAAGUUCUUGUGGAAAAAGUGAUGAUACCUAGAAGGAUAUCUAAGCAUAGGGAUUUGUCGAACCGGGUGUAUGCUUCGGAUGAAGCCAGGGCAGAUGCUUUGGAGAAAGCAGACAAGUUGGAAUCUGGUUUAGAGCCUGAUUUUCCUUCCUUCAUAAAGUCGAUGCUUCAAUCUCAUGUCACUGGUGGAUUUUGGCUGGGCCUUCCAGUCCACUUCUGCAAGAGGAAUCUUCCAAAGCGUGACGAGGUUAUGACUUUGAUAGAUGAAGAGGGUCAUGAGUAUCCAACCAUAUAUUUGGCUAGAAAAACUGGACUUAGUGGUGGAUGGAAAGGGUUUGCGGUUGCUCACGAGUUGGUAGAUGGGGACGCAUUAGUUUUUCAGUUAGUUCGACCUACAGCAUUUAAGGUUUAUAUUAUAAGAGUGAAAGGUCCUGAACAAAGUAACAAGCUAUAAGCUUCAAACAAUUUGGAUGUUGAAGCCAUACCAGCAGAGCCAGUUUGGGCAAUCAUUUUGGGUGAGUACCUGCUCAAGUUAUGAUCAUCAUUGAUAUCUUUUAAUAAAUCUCUUGACCUUUUAUUAAUGUUACGUGCAAUAUAAUCAUGAUAAAGACAUCCAUUUUGGAAUCCAUAUCUUUUUCUUAUAACUUACAACAUGUUCAAUUUGUUGCAUGCUUUGUUAGUCUUCCAGGAUUGGGACCUACUUGAACACUUGUCACGGCCUCUAGGGAUCUUAGGAAUGAGACAGUCACCUUGUCUCUCACUCUAUUGACAUUUGAAGCAUGGCACAUGGCCAUAAUUUGCAUCUUAAUCAAUCAAAGAGAAAACUGAAAAGUCUAUCAAACUUUCAUUUUCAAACUUCAACUAAGCUUGUUUAGCAAGAGACAGUAAGACAAGUUGGAUAAGGCUGAGAUUGUGGUUUAAAUAGAUGCUGACUUACCUGGGUAGACUCAUUCAGUGCUGUUAAUAUUUUCCAUCUAUUGUUUUUGCAUCUGCUUUGAAGCCUUCCAAUCCUAUGUUCCCACUGCUAUUUCUUUAUAACUAAUCAACUUCGGAUUCACUUUUUUUUUUUUAUUAUUAUUAUUAAUUUCGUUGUUGCAGGUAAACAGGUUCAAAGGAACUGCCAUUAUCGUGCCUUUAAGUUUUGUCAAACGAUGUGGUUGAGAAAGUACUUGCCCUGUUCAUAGAUUUACAUAACCCCAGGACCCUGUAACACAUUUAUCUAUUCCAACUUUACACUACUUUAAUAACUAUAUAUUAAGUUAUUAUU